AUUUAUGUUUGGAAGGAGGGUUUGUUGUCUGAGAACCCCCUUCUACUACCUCACGGUCACAAAAGCGCUAUUCUCUCUGUGCUAAACGUUUCCGAUCGAGAAAUGGGAGAGAAACCGAAAGCGGGUGGUGUCUGGCCUACUGUGAAGCCAUUCGUUAAUGGCGGAGCAUCUGGGAUGCUCGCUACCUGCGUAAUCCAACCUGUGGAUAUGAUAAAGGUGAGGAUUCAGUUGGGCCAAGGCUCUGCAGCCCAGGUUACCAAGACUAUGCUCCGAGAGGAGGGUGUAGGAGCCUUUUACAAGGGGUUAUCAGCUGGGUUGCUCAGGCAAGCUACUUACACCACUGCACGACUUGGAUCAUUCAGGAUUUUGACGAACAAAGCGAUUGCUGCUAAUGAUGGGAAGCCGUUACCCCUGUACCAGAAAGCACUUUGUGGGCUGACGGCUGGAGCAAUAGGAGCAUGUUUUGGUAGUCCUGCAGAUUUGGCACUCAUCCGUAUGCAGGCUGAUGCCACUUUGCCUACUGCACAACGUCGGCAUUACAAGAAUGCGUUCCAUGCACUAUCCCGCAUUGUUGCAGAUGAAGGGGUUUUGGCACUCUGGAAAGGAGCAGGUCCCACUGUAGUAAGAGCCAUGGCAUUGAAUAUGGGCAUGCUUGCCUCGUACGAUCAAAGUGUUGAGCUUUUUAGAGACUCCCUUGGUUUUGGUGAAGCUAGUACAGUAGUGGGAGCAAGUGCUGUUUCCGGAUUCUUUGCUGCAGCUUGUAGUUUACCAUUUGACUAUGUGAAAACUCAAAUACAGAAAAUGCAACCUGAUCCCAGUGGGAAGUAUCCUUACACUGGAUCUUUGGACUGUGCAAUGAAAACUCUGAAGGCAGGAGGUCCCUUCAAAUUCUACACAGGGUUUCCUGUCUAUUGUGUUAGGAUUGCUCCCCAUGUCAUGAUGACAUGGAUAUUCCUGAAUCACAUUCAGAAGCUUGAGAAAAACGUUGGAUUGUAGAAUUCCAAAUAUUGGAAUUUUGCUUACGGUUGAUAGUAUCUCACUACAAUAAAAUAUUUUUGGCUUUGCACUGUUAGCGGGAGCUGGUUUUGGCGACUUUGGCAGCCCUCAAGCCUUAAGAAGUUUGGGAAAUUUGACUGAAUAGAAGGUUUAAUAAUUUAUCGGAGUUGUAUCAGAAACAAUUGUUACAGAAUUUUUUUUCCUUCAAUUUUGUUGUUGGUUAAAUGGUAGGAAUAAUGUUAGUAGCAAGAUUUGUCAA